AUGAGGGAAUAUCCAAGCAACUAUAUUGUUUACAGCAGUUGGCACUUCGUCAAUAUGAAAAAUACCUCUUUUUCCUACAGUUAUCAAAAGUCGAAGUCCAAACCAGGUAGAAAUUGGAAACUGAAAGAGGGGAUUGGAAUCAAAUUUGAUCGAGAUUAUGUAAAAUAUUUUCUUAUUUAUUAUGAACAUUGCCAUCGUAAUUUAAUCUUGCCAUCAUCAAGAUGGUGGUCAAAAUGA